AGCGGGGACCCCGCGGGCGGCGGCGCUCCCGGCCGGCCGGGGGGGAGAGAUAGCGCGUGGCAUCCCCGAGCGCUGCUCCUGCCGUGCGGCGGGCGCACCGCGCCUCUGCAAACACGACGCGCUCGCCGAGCUGUCGCCUCGGCGGUGUCCGGGGCCGGGCAGCGCCUCAGCUCCCACCCCGCUGUGCGCUCCCGUGCUCCGCGCGGGUGACCGGGACCCCGGCGGGGCCUGGCACCGCCCGCCCCGCGCUGCACCGGGACCCCCAGGGCUGGCACCCUCUCCCCGCGCUGCCCUUGCCCAUGCUCCCUGAGAAAGAAACGUGUGCCUUUCUGUGAUAAAACAGUGACAUCCUGCUCUUCUGUUAUUUCUAAGUCAUCCCAUUAUUGCUUUGCCUAUGCCUUGCUCUGCCAUCACCGCUUCUCCACCCACACAUCAGCUCCCUUUGCAUACCGCAUCUGCACGGAGACGGUGUGGAUACACAGACAAAAAAGGGAAACUUAUUUCUUUGAAUCCCAGGAGCCUUGAUACUUGAAAAGUAGUUGAGAUACCUUGCCAUAAGAAGUUAAUCUAUGUGGUUGCCUUUUUGAGAUACUUACAGUUUCGUGAACAUAGUUCAUGUUUUCUUCUGUCUUCUUGUAUUAUAGUCUUCUUGCUAUUGUGAAGAGUGUUGAUUUCCAAUUGUGUCAUCCCUAUUUUGUGGGAUGUCAGAGAAGAAAUAAUUUUUGAAAUUUAGAAACAAAAUUAAUGAUCAGUUCCAGUUUCUAGUAUGUUUUUUCUCUUAAUAGUUCAUAUUGUAAUUUUAAAGCAUAAUGAUGAGAAAUUUUUAAAUGAUACUUUUGUAAUCUGGUUUUCAGCCAGUAAUGUAUAAGUAUAAAUAAUUUUACCAAUUAGGAGCAUUGAAAAUAGCACUUUCUAUUAAGUUGUGUUUCUAACCUUCUACUCUUAAAUCCAGAGGGAGAUUCUGAUAAGAUGAAAAUGCUCAUCUUAUCUAUGUGCAUGCUGAACUAUAGAAUUGGCUGGUUUAUAGUGUGUGUUUCCUGCAAGCACAUUUUGAAUCUGUGUGAAGUGGUAGGGAAUGGCAGUUACCUGGACACUGGGAUGUGAGCCAGGUAUUUGGAUGAGGGUGACAUUGGAUUAAAACACAUUACCAGGGAUGUUGCUUUAGUAUAUAGGUAAAUAUAUACUUGGAAGUACAGAAUAUAUAUGCAAAACACAUCUAAUGUGAGGAAGCGUUCAUUAAAAUGACUCAGUGUGACGGAAGUCAAGAGAGUUCAGCAGUUCAAUAUCCUUUAAUGCAAAGUCAUUGCCUGUGAGCAUGAACUGUUCAAUUUGGCUUGGAAAUUCAGUGUUACUCCAUCAGGUAAUCAGUUCUCUGCAGGCUGCUUACAAAUAUUUUGGUCUGAGGCCAGCAUACAUUUUCAGGAUCAGUGGUAGUUUAGACAACCGGAGUUGGCUUGUUUUUAAGGAAAGAGCCAAAGCUGAGCCCGAGGGCCAGGGCAGCUCCCCUGAGUGCACUCAGCUGCCUCUCGGCUGGGGUCAGACACAGCUCUGUCAGCCGGGCUGGUGUGGCCUCAGGCCCAGCAGGGGACUCGAGUGGCCCUCGGCUCCUUUUUGCCAGAGUCACUCUGCACGUCCCAGGCUUGCACAGGACAGGUGUUCCCUUGCUGUGGCAGUAUUGCCUUUAAGUUGCUGUUCAGUGUAGUAGUAGCCACAUUAACAAGCUUAGUACUAGCAGUUAUCUUUGGGGUUAACUGAUAGAUUUUUACAGACAUCAGAAUAUGUAAAUGGGUAUGCUAUGGAGCUAAUUAGAGCUAAUUUUGUCUUUUGUGUGCCAUUUUUAUUUCCUUGUUUGGCAUUACACCAGUAUUAUGGUGAUUAAAUGCUGAAAUUGUAAGCACAGUCUCUUUGUUUAAUGGAUUUUAAUUUUUUCCUUGUUAGUAAGGAGCACUGCUCUAUGAAGAGAUUGUGUCCUGUAUUAUUACUUUAACAUACUAGCACAGCAACUUUUUGGUAGAGAACGUGCAAAACUGAAAACCAAAAAGAUUUUGUUUUUAAAAAUGCAGUAGUUUUGAAUUAUUCCUACAGAUAUAAUAUGAAACAGCAUGGGUACUCUGCAAUAACAACACCAGUCUCUUUUUUUGGCAGUGACAUUACUAAUUCACUACCUGCAUUGGUAACCAAAGGUUAAAAAUCACAUGGAAAUCAUUGUGAAACUUCACAUUUAGAAAUAGUUCAGAGAUUUGAUGUGCUCCUUGUGAUCAUCUUCACAGGUGUGCUGUUUUCUGGCUCCUCUAAGAAGAUAAUUUCUAAAUUUUACAGUUUUGAGCUACUUGAGGUACAUUGUAGCACCUGAAUUUUUUUCAUAUCUCUAAAUUAGUUAGAGAUAGUCUCUACAGAGAAAUUGUUAUUUUUAUAAAUUUUACAGCACUCUUAAGACAACAUAACACUAGAAUUACAUGAAAUGUAAUAAAUUUUACUGGAUAAGAACGUGUCUGAACUAACUUGUGUUGAGAUUAAUAAAAUACCUGUUUAUGUCAAUGCAAGCACUACCAACUUUGCUUAUGAUCACAAUCAUGACUGAUUACAAGAGGCUUUAAAGCAUAAAAUUUUGUCUGAAGAAUCUUUCAGAAAAUUCUGUAAAACCUUUAAAGUUGAUUUCUGGAUAGAUAUUAUUGUAACCAUGAAAGAAAACCAUCUCAUGGCCACUUCUUAUCUGCAAAUAUCAUUGAAGCUGAUUUGGGAUAAUGUUUACUUGAAGAUGAUUGCGUCCUAUAUAGGAACAAAAAUGAAAGGGCAACUCUCUGGGCCCUCUGGUGUGAAUUUCCUUUCUGAUUAGUACUUCUGAUCAACCUCUGAUGGGACAGAUAUGCUGGUUUUCUGUGCAGUCUAGGGAAACCUUCCAGCAUUCAUCCUGGACAGGAGUAUUUCAGAUAUCUGAUGUGGUUGAUAGUGUGUUUGUGCUUUUUGUGUGCCUGUCCUGAUUAAGCUAAUUCCUGAGAGAAACAAUGGCGAUGAAUCACUCACCAAAUCCUGUCGUGAUUUUUGUUAAUUGGUUAUGUCACUGUGGCUUUGAUCUCCCCAUGUGUUGUGUUAGUGAAUGAAGCUAAAAACUGGCAAAGCUUUUGCUAAUGUGAAGGGGGUUACUGUAUGUUCAAGAAUGUAUUCAGUGUAAUUGUGUUCCAUAAGAACUUCUGUCUUAUGUAGACUAGAAUGAAACUAUUUUAGUGUGACUGUUAGAUGGGGAAUAUUGAAUGAGCUCUACCUCCACUGUAUUAACCCUUGAGAUUUUCUCCCCAGGUUUGCAUUCAUCGCGUUAGAUCGUGCAGCAGCAUUCGCUUUAUAAAAUCAAAAUAUGUGUGCGUGUUUGACAAAUCUGCCCUCAAGUUUAGUCAUCAACAGCGAUUAUUCAGAACAUCUGCUGUUUCAUGUGGCCAAAUUGUCCAGUUUAAGCUUUCUGACAUUGGAGAAGGAAUUACAGAGGUGACUGUCAAAGAAUGGUACAUAAAGGAGGGUGACAGUGUGUCUCAGUUCGACAGCAUCUGUGAAGUGCAGAGUGAUAAAGCCUCUGUUACUAUCACCAGUCGUUAUGAUGGCAUCAUCAGAAAGCUCCACUACAGCAUAGAUGAUAUUGCUUUUGUUGGAAAACCACUAGUGGACAUUGAGAUUGAUGCUUCAAAAGGUGUUGCCUCAGAAGAAGAUGUUGUUGAAACACCUCCUAUGUCUCAUGAAGAGCACACUCACCAAGAGAUAAAAGGGCACAAAACAUUAGCAACCCCUGCAGUUCGUCGCCUGGCCAUGGAGAACAAUAUUAAAUUGAGUGAAGUUGUUGGGACAGGAAAGGAUAACAGAAUCCUUAAAGAAGAUAUACUCAACUACUUGGCCAAACAAACAGGAGCUAUUUUGCCUCCAUCACCAAAGGCUGAAAUUGUCCCACCUCAGCGGAAAGCAGAGGCUGUGCCAGCUGCUCCAAAGGACAAAGCCCGCAAAAUCCCCGUUCCUCUUUCCAGACCCAUUGCAUUUGCAGGAAAAGAUAAAACUGAACCUGUAACAGGUUUUCAGAAGGCCAUGGUAAAGACUAUGAGUGCAGCCCUGAAGAUCCCCCACUUUGGUUAUUCUGAUGAGAUUGAUUUGACUCAACUUGUUCAGCUGCGAGAGGAGCUGAAACCUCUAGCUGAAAUGCGUGGAGUGAAGCUUUCCUUUAUGCCUUUCUUCAUAAAGGCAGCCUCUCUGGGAUUGCUGCAGUAUCCCAUUCUUAAUGCUUCUUUGGAUGAGAACUGUCAAAAUGUCACAUAUAAGGCUUCACACAACAUUGGAGUUGCAAUGGACACAGAGCAAGGUUUAAUUGUCCCAAAUGUGAAAAAUGUUCAAGUCUGCAGUGUGUUUGACAUUGCUGUGGAAUUAAAUCGCCUCCAGUCCUUGGGCUCUGCAGGCCAGCUGGGAACAAGUGACCUCACUGGGGGAACAUUCACCCUUUCAAAUAUUGGCACAAUUGGUGGCACUUAUGCCAAACCAGUGAUACUACCUCCUGAAGUAGCUAUUGGAGCACUUGGAAAGAUACAGGUUCUUCCUCGGUUUAAUAGCAAAGGUGAAGUAUUUAAAGCACAAAUAAUGAAUGUGAGUUGGUCGGCUGAUCAUCGCAUCAUUGACGGAGCUACAAUGGCCCGGUUUUCUAACUUGUGGAAAUCUUACUUGGAGAACCCUGCUUCGAUGCUGCUGGACCUUAAAUAAAGGAAACCAUGGCUAGAAUAUGCCUUUAAA